AGGCAAAGAAGUAAACAAAGAGGAAAACAAAAACAAAUUGAUAAAUAAAACAAAAAGUGUGAAACGGACCCAAAAAGAAAAAAAAAGAAGAGAUGUCAGCGGAAAAUCAAAAUCAAAAUGGCGUUGCACCGCAAACAAAUGGAUUGAAAUCGUCACUAUCAUCGACAUUGUCGUCGGCAAAUUCAACGAUACCAGCAAUAUCAUCAUCGGGACGUACAAAUACAAAUAAUUCGUCAUUUUUGUACAGCAGUAAUUCAAUGUUGACACGUGACAAAAUGAGACAGGCGCCACCACCUACACUGCCAAAAUAUACGUCGAGCUUUAAUGCCGGAUCGAAUGGAACUGCCGCCGAUCGAUUGACGAGAGAAAGGGAUGUUGGCGGAAGUUACAGAUUGGCAAGUUUGGAUCGACUUGCACUACGACAGAGGGUACUCGAUGGCGAAAAACCAAAUGGCGAUGUUAAUCCGAUCCAAUCGAAACGGGAGUUGUUCUUUAAGGGCGAGACAACACCGCCGUCGGUGCCGUCAGUUCCACCACCACAGCCACCAUCGGCGCCAACGUUGACACCAACGUCAACAUUGAACUCGUCGACGGCACCACCUCCGGGAACACAGACAAAAUCUCGAUUACCACCGACGACGGUGAAUUUGAAUCAAACCGAUGGCUCGGAGGACAGUAAUAAGAGGGAGAACUCGAGGACUGAGAGCAACAAGGAAUCAAACUUGAAUCUUCAUCCACGUCCCACGCCGCCCACGAAACCCAAGGAACUCGAUGGCUACGUCGGUUUUGCAAAUCUUCCAAAUCAAGUGUACAGAAAGGCCGUGAAGAAGGGCUUCGAUUUUACGCUUAUGGUUGUUGGUGAAUCCGGCCUGGGAAAGUCGACACUUAUAAAUUCCAUGUUCCUGUCGGAUAUUUACAGUUCAGAAUAUCCGGGACCAAGUCUCAGGGUGAAAAAGACAGUGGCCGUUGAAACGAGUAAAGUUCUUCUGAAGGAGAAUGGCGUCAAUUUGACAUUGACCGUCGUCGAUACACCUGGUUUUGGCGAUGCCGUCGACAACAGUAAUUGCUGGGUCCCGGUGAUCGAGUAUAUUGAGUCGAAAUACGAAGAAUUCUUGAAUGCGGAAUCCAGAGUUGUGAGACGACAAAUUCCAGACAGCCGCGUUCAUUGCUGUCUUUAUUUCGUCGCACCCUCCGGUCACGGUUUGAAACCCCUCGACGUUGAAUUUAUGCAACGUCUUCAUGAUAAAGUCAACAUUAUUCCCGUUAUCGCCAAAGCCGAUACAAUGACGCCCGACGAGUGUAUACACUUCAAAAAACAGAUAUUAAAUGAAAUUGCGCAGCACAAAAUAAAAAUCUACGAAUUUCCCGAAGUUGAGGAAGAGGAAGACAGUAAACUGCACAAAGUUUUAAGGGACAGAGUACCAUUUGCCGUUGUUGGCGCAAAUACAGUCGUUGAACAUGAAAAUGGCAAAAAAGUCAGAGGCAGAAAAUAUCCUUGGGGAGUUGCCGAAGUGGAAAAUCUCGAGCACUGCGAUUUCAUUGCUCUGAGAAAUAUGGUGAUAAGGACACAUCUCCAGGACCUAAAGGACGUGACGAAUAAUGUUCAUUACGAGAACUUCCGGUGUCGCACGUUAGCCGGUCUUGGCGUUGAUGGAAAACCAACCAAAGUUUCGAACAAGAACCCGCUGGCGCAAUUGGAGGAGGAGAAGCGCGAACACGAUAACAAAAUGAAGAAAAUGGAAAUUGAGAUGGAACAAGUCUUCGAAAUGAAAGUUCGCGAAAAGCGACAGAAACUCAAGGAUUCCGAAGUGGAUCUCCAACGAAGGCACGAGCAAAUGAGAAGAUCACUGGAACAACAGGUUCGUGAAUUGGAGGAGAAACGAAGAACUUUUGAAUCUGAAAAACAGUCCUGGGAACAGCAGACCGGCCAUAGUAUUGAAGAAUUACGUAGACGAAGUUUAGAAGCAAAUUCAAAAGAGACCGGAUCCAUGUCGUCCGAGGGAUCUGGAGGUGGCGGGGGUACAAUGCGCGGUUCAAGAGGAGGUUUUGGAAGUCUUCUCCGUCGUCACACCAGUUUCAAAUCACCUCAAGAGAGUCCCACACACACACUACAGCUUCUCGUACAGCAAUCUCGUACAGAAUCCUAGAACAUCACAAAAAUCAUUCUCAUUACUAUUGUUAUUAUUAUUAUCAAUUAUAAUAAUAAUAAUAAUCAAAAAAUUCUACAGGACUCUUAAAAAAAAAAAAAUUUGCUCACAAAAUCUCUUUUUUAUUUUUUUACAAACAAGGCACAAUUCUUGCUUUCCAAUAUUUCAAUUUCAAAACUAAAAAGUAAAUUUAAAUUAUUUUUUUGAAAAUUGACAAAAUUUGUUGACGUAGUGUUUAAAUAAACAUUAGAAAAUUGUUUCCGGAAAAAAACUAUAAAAAAAAUUAUCAAAUAGAAAAUGAUCAACAACUUGAGAUAAACAUCAACAAAUUGAGGAAAAAUUAUCAACAAUUUGAAAAAAAAUUAUCAACAAAUUGAGAAAAAAUAUCAACAAAUUGAGAAAAAAAUUAUCAACAAAUUGAGAAAAAAUAUUAACAAACUGAGAAAAAAUAUCAACAAUUUGAAAAAAAUUAUAACCAAUUUGACAAAAAUUAUAAACAAUUUAGAGAAAAAAAAUUAUCAACAAUUUUGAAACGAAAAACUAUGAAAAACUUAGCAUAAUUUAUCAGCAAUUUGACAAAAAAAAAUUUGGAAAAAUAAAUUAUUGUUGAAAUAAAUAAAUAUAAAAAAAGUACGAGUAGUAAAAUAAUUAAACAAAUUAACAACAAUUAAAUGUCAAAAAAAUACAUAAAUUUUUUAUACGAAGAAGAACCCUGUAAGAAUUGCAAAAUUACUUUUUUUCUGUAAUAUUAUUAAUUUAAAAGAAACAAAUUUCAACUAAUCAGUAUUUUUGGCACAAUUUUCAUAUUCUUUUUUUUUCGAAUAAAUGAUAUAAAAAAUAAA